CAUUGUAAAAUAUGGUAUUACCACUACUAUCCAUCUACACGUCUGGUAACAUCAAAACGAAAACAAAACAAAGUCAGAACGUUGAAAAAAAAGGAAUUUAUUUUUGGGAUUAUAAAGCUGGGCCUGUUCGUCCGCGCCUUCAGCAUGGCGUGGCGUUCUGUGGGGGCCAAUAAUGAGGACCUCAUUCGUCAACUAAAGGAUCACGGAGUCAUUGCCAGUGAUGCGGUGGCCAAGGCAAUGAAAGAAACCGACCGCAAGCACUAUUCACCAAGAAACCCUUACACGGACGCCCCCCAACCCAUCGGAGGUGGUGUCACCAUCAGUGCUCCACAUAUGCACGCCUUUGCCUUGGAGUACCUUCGCGAACACUUAAAGCCUGGUGCACACGUACUGGAUGUAGGCUCUGGAUCUGGAUACCUUACAGCCUGCUUUUAUCGGUACAUAAUGGCUAAGGGUGCAGAUGCGGAGACCCGUAUCGUAGGCAUAGAGCACCAAGCGGAGCUGGUGCGGCUUAGCAAAGCCAACUUGAAUACUGAUGACCGAAGCAUGCUUGACUCCGGCCAGUUGCUGAUCGUCGAAGGCGACGGCAGAAAGGGAUACCCUGCAAGUUCUCCCUACAACGCUAUCCAUGUGGGUGCUGCUGCUCCGGAUACGCCCACCGAAUUGAUAAACCAACUGGCCAACGGCGGGCGCCUUAUAGUUCCUGUUGGCCCUGACGGCGGCUCCCAGUACAUGCAACAGUACGACAAGGAUGAAGAUGGGAAGGUGCAAAUGACACGUCUUAUGGGCGUGAUGUACGUUCCCCUCACUGACCUGAAGUCCUGACUGCAUCGAGUUGGAAGGUUUAUGUUUGUUGUGGUGCUUUUUGGCUUUAUUAUAUACCAAAUUUGGGCGUACUAUCGCUAGUAUUAAGUAUCCAAUAUGAAUUAAACUGCUUGUUUUCAAUUAAAUAAGUUUCCUGAACAUA